GCCCCUGGACUGCCAGGUGUCCGACCAGGGAGGAGGAGGAGGAAGAGAACUCAAUCUGCUGGGGCCUGAGUGUGGCCUGGGGGACGGGCCAUCGUCCCAGAAUGCCCCUGCCGGAGCCCAGCGAGCAGGAGGGUGAGAGUGUGAAGGCUGGCCAGGAGCCGUCCCCGGAGUCCCCUGAGCCAGGCACAGAUGUUGUCCCUGCAGCGCCCAGGAAGCCCAGGAAGUUCUCCAAACUGGUCCUGCUGACGGCCUCUAAGGACAGUGCCAAGGUGGCGGGGGCCAAGCGCAAAGGGGUGCACUGCAUCAUGUCCCUGGGGGUGCCCGGCCCCGCCACCCUCGCCAAAGCCCUCCUCAAGAUCCAUCCUGAGGCUCAGAGGGCCAUCGAGGCACCCCCCCAGGAGCCUGAGCAGAAACGCAGCAAGCUGGACACAGCUGGAAAAGAAGAUGGAAGGUUGGCAGGGCAGUCUGCCCCCCGUACCGAGGUCGUAGGGGCGGAGCCCACCGCAGAUGCCGUCAUGCCCAGCACCCUCCUGUAA